AUGAUUGGGGUGGGUUGGUUUACGGUGGCAAUGUUCACAAACAACCCUUUACUCGACUUCGGAAUAGACGCACUCUAUGAAUAUACGCAUAUGCCUGAAUGGUUGGAUUUAUUAUUAGUCAUAUUAUAUUAUGUAUCUCUACACUUCAUAGCCUCUUCUUGGAGUAAGGGCAGACCCUUAAAAUUGAAAAAUUACACAAAACAAUUGAUCGAUGGAGCUUUCUUCCUUUUGUGCCUCGGAUUAGUUUAUUUUGAGCCUGAGGAGGAUUGGUUCGCGGGCGCUUGGUCUUUCGGUGCUUACUUACAUACCGUGACUGUGUUUGGUUGUUUGGGGUAUUCUAGAAGCUUCCGGUUCGACGAUAUCUUCUUGGCUCAACUUAUUUGUCGUUGGGUGCUUGUGAUGAGUCGAGGAUGUUCGUCGCAUGGUAAGGUGUUGCUUUUGGGAGUGUCUCUUGGUUUGCAACUAGUGAAGAACUUCAUGCGAGAGGAGUUUGAGAGAGGGGAAUUGGAAGAGAAGCGUUUCCUGAUGAAGAAUCCGAGGACUUGUGAGGACUGCCACACGACUAUUAAGUUGAUUUCCAAGAUUACUGACCGGGAGAUUGUGGUGAGCUAG